AUGUCGGUCCUUUUCACGAGUAUUUCAGAGAGCAACCCUGUCAAGCCGGGCGAUGCACAAGCCCUCCUCAAACCAUUUGGGCUAACUAUCGACCCAGCUGAAGCGCAAGAUUUCCAAACCCUUCUUGCAGCAGUCCACGACUGUGCCGAAAGUUUAGCCGCCUUGCCAGACUAUCAGCCAGUUUCUGAUCAAACUAAGUAUCCACGGGAGAAUGUGCGUCGACCAAGUGAAAAAGAACAGGUUCUCGGGCAAGCCUGGGCACACCGAUUUCUCAUCCAGGGUAAUCCCCAAGGCGGGCCACUGACAGGUAAAUCUGUUAGUUUGAAAGAUGUAAUUGCGGUUGCAGGCGUGCCGCAACUUCUGGGGAGUGAUAUCAUUCCUUCUUGGACGCCAACUACGGAUGCGACGGUUGUAACACGGUUGCUUGAGGCCGGCGCUGAUAUCCAUGGCACGUCGACUUGUGAAAAUAUGUGCCACUCCACUUCUUCGUACACCAGUGCCCAGGGUACGGUGGAGAACCCGCAUGCCAAAGGUUAUUCGGCGGGCGGGAGUACCUCUGGCGGUGCAGCGCUGGUCGCUGCUGGUAUAGUGGAUAUUACGAUUGGGGGUGACCAGGGAGGCAGUAUACGCGUUCCCGCUUCGUUUUGUGGAUGUAAGAUGUCUCUCUUCCUUGAGGGUUUACGCGUUGGGCUCAAACCCAGCUAUGGACGCGUUCCCUUCACUGGGAUUGCUAGCGGCGAUGCCAUGAAUGACCACGCUGGCCCACUAUCCCGGACAACAUUUGAGACUGCAGUGUGCUUAGAUGUUAUUAGUGGCUAUGAUGACAUCGAUGAUCGGGCUGUCGGUAGUUUGAAGCCAGGCUCUACCAGAUUCGCAGAGGCUCUUCAGCAGAAUCCGAACACACUCGACGGCUUCAAGGUCGGUAUUCUUGUUGAAGGAUUUGAGCACAGCGCAGUAGACCCAUGUGUUAAGGGCGCAGUACUGACUGCAGCCCAGAAAUUUAAAGAUCUCGGUGCAACAAUCGAGGAAAUAUCUCUUCCUGAGCAUAUGCAAGGCCCCGCCAUCUGGACUAUCCAGCAGCGAAUUGCCGGGGCGCAGACUCUUUUGGGCCAGAGCACAGGCCGAAGAGGCCUUUACAUGACUGAGAUGGAACGUGCACGACUUCCAUGGACUGAUGAUGGUUUCCAGAGGGCAUUCCCGUCAACAAAGAACGUUAUAAUCAACGGUCUCUAUUUGAUGCAAAAAUUCCCUAAUCUCUAUGGCAAGACUGCCAAUAUCGGUCGACUCCUCAGUGACAAGUACGAAGCGCUGUUUGAGAAGUAUGAUAUCCUGGUAAUGCCUACAACGCCGGUCGUUGCCCCUCGACAUGGAAAGCGGGAACUCCCGCUCGAUUCCCUCAAGCCUAGUAUGGGUCUCAUGAUAAACACUGCCAUCUUCAAUGUGACGGGUCACCCGGCACUAUCCAUACCCGUCGGGUUUGCUCCCGCAAGGGGAGAUAGCCAGGUUAUGCUGCCAGUUGGGAUGCAGAUUGUUGGUGGAUUGUGGCAGGAAGAGAAGAUCCUGCGGGCUGGGCAUGUUUGGGAGACUCAUUUUGACUGGAAGAAGAUGCAUUACUCUACAGAUAAGAACUAG